CUGUAGAAGUUUCUUCAAGUACCCUUCAGAUGAUAAAUCAAAACAUGGUUACUUACAUAAUCUCUCGCUUCCUCUCCAACCAGGUGAUCUCCAAUAGAAUAAUGAAACUAUAGUCUUGGGUGAAUAAUUACUUCAAUUAAUAUUUGUUUAAGUUUUCUCCUGAAAUCGAUUGAUCCUGAUAUGGGUUUCUACUUUGGAAGAAAACAAAUUAUUGGGCAUUGAUCUCUGGAGGUAGCUGAGGAAGAAUCAUUGGCAAAGUGAAGGAUAACCAUGGCACUGCCAUGGAGCAUGACUCUUUGGUUAGCCAAGAUGGUGGUGAUGGCUUUGAGAGGUUGGAUCUCUUCCUGUUUAGCCGUCGCCGAUGAGAUUGCCGGUGCUCUCAGAAGCGGUGAUGUUGGUCCUUUCCAUGUUGGCUGAUCAACCUGUCAUUAUUUACAGUUCAGCAUGUCAUAUUUAUCUGCAACAGCUUGUAGGAAAAGGGUGUGGAAUGGAGGAUUCUGAAGCCAAACAUGUUCUAAAGUGUUCCAAGUUUUCAUCUCAACAAUGAGUUUUUGUGAUUGUGCUGAGAAGACUGAUCGGCCUCGCGAAUUGGAUAUGCUGACAGAAGCAAGAGCUUUGGCUUCAGAUUUCACCCAUAGUCUCUUAUGUUUGGCCUGUUUGUACUCACCAUAAAUUUGCCACAUGAUAUCAAAGAAGAAAACAUUUCAUCAUAUCAUGAUGCAAAUUAUUAUUGGUACAGUUUAUGCAAGCUCCAUUGAUUUUUCUA